AUGCAUAUCAGGCCUGUCCAACGCAAAGAUCUCUCCGAGGUGGCUACUGUCGCGAGAGACGCCAUGUUCGAUGACGAACUGACCCUAUUUCUGGCUCCCUAUCGCCAUGAGCAUCCGGAGUGUCUUCGUCAAGGAUUCCUGAGACGCGCCAAACACCGUUAUUAUAGUGGCCAUGUCCUUCUCGCGGCGGUAUCGGAUGAAAAAGAUUCUUGGUGGGAUGGCACGGAGAAAAUCCUGGGGCAUGUCUCUGUCAUAUCAAGUAAGCAGAACACAGAGUCGUCGAAGAAACCGUGGUUCUCUUGGAACGCAUUGGAACUUCGACUUCUUCGUGUUGAGGAAUUAUUCCUUUGGUUGAGCCACGGCGACAAAUCGAUAUCAAGAGCAAACAUGGCGGAAUUUGCCCGUACCACUGGUGACAGAGGCCCUCUCGCCGACAUCAAAGACUAUUGGGACGUGGAUCACUUAUCGGUCGAUCCGUCUUUUCAGAGACGUGGGAUUGGAUCAGCUCUAAUUGAGCAGGUUAAAGAUAUCGCGGCGCUGGACAAUCUGCCGGUGGUCCUUGUUGCAAGCGUCAAGGGAAUUCCUAUGUACAAGAAAGCAGGUUUCGUCGACCAUGGUCUAAUUAACACGGGAGCAGGUCAAUUGGGACAAGCUAUGGCAUGGUAUCCCAACGAUGCGACGACCUGA